ACAACAAACCAGCAUCGGCAAUUCCAAACACACUUGCAUCCACUUCAGACAAUCCACGUAGCCAUUGUCUGGGCCUUUUGUUAGGACAACUACUGCAAACAACUGCUAAGAGAAGGUACCGCGAUUAAUACCCAGACGUGAUUAGUUGAGUCCCACCAUGAGAAACGGCGGCCCCACAAUCGCGUUGCUGCUGAUCUUCGGCGCGUUUCUGCUAGCAGCGCAGCCAUCCAGAGGCGCACCACGCCAGUGGUGGCGUAACGGUGCCGAGUCCCAGCCUUUUGCGGCGCCCGCCAGAGGCAACGCGGGCAAAUUCCAGGCGCCAGACACCGCCGGUUCUGCCGUGUACAUCGUGCGCCUGAGCACGGCGCCCCCCCUCUCCGAAUACCGCGGCGGAAUUGCGGGGUACCCCGCCACUGCCACGUGGGACGACGGCAGCGACGAGGAGGAGAACGACGACGACCGCGUGCCGGAGAUGCUUCUCGCGGCCGAAGAUUCCGGCGCAGCAGGCGGCGAAUCCGAGUCAGAGCCCGAGUCCGUCGACUUGGACGACACCAACGCCGAUCAGCACUUCCCCAACGCAACUGCGCCAGCGCCAGCAGAUGCGGCGCCUGAAACCAGUUCGACUUCCAGCGCACGCGGUGGUCGUGGGAAUGGUGGUGGUAGCAGCAGCGGCAGCGGCGGGUGCGCGCGGCACAGGCUGCAUCUGAGCAUGGACCGCCCCCAGGUGGCAGCGUUCGCGUCGCUGCUGCAGCGGCAGCAGGCGCAGGUGGCAUCUGAGGCGGGCGUGGGCGACGGCGACCUGCUGUACAGCUUCAAGCACACGUCCAACGGCUUCGCCGCGCGCCUCACCCCGCGCCAGGCGUGGCGCCUGCAGCGCCAUCCCGCCGUGGCGUCCGUGCGCCGCAGCCGCGUGUUCCAGCGGCGGACCAGCGACUCGCCCAAGUUCCUGGGGCUCCCCGGAAAGGUGUGGCCCGCCGUGGGCGGAUAGAGCAAGGCGGGCGACGGCACGGUGGUG